AUGGAGCUAGCGAAGCCACCGGAGCAUCUGCAACUUUCCGGAUCAUCCGACAGCAUCGCGAAGAAUUGGAACGUGUUCAUUCAGAAGUUCGAACUGUUCCUACAAGCGACAGCAUCUACGAAAGAACCAAGGUCAGAAGCUGUCAAGGCUGCGCUGUUGCUGAGUGUUGCUGGCGACGAUGCACUUGAGGUUUUUAACAACUUCACCUUUCUGGAGGCGGAACGCAAGGAUGAUUACAUGACGGUCGUGCGGAAGUUUAAAGAGCACUGUGAGGAACAGGAAAACGAAGUCUAUGAAAUGUACAUUUUCCGGUCAGGAACCCAGGACGAAGCGGAGCCCUUUGAACACUUCCUGCGCAACUUGCGAAAGCUGUCCCGAAGCUGCAACUUCGCUGAAUUAACCGAGCCAAUGAUCCACGACCAGGUUGUAUUCGGUGUACAUAACCCCAAUUUGCGGCAGAAGCUCAUUAAAGUACAAGACCUGUCGCUAGCCAAGACAGAACAAAUCUGCAAGGCUGCUGAACUGUCCAACCAGCAGAACGAGGCAUGGACUCAGGCGGAAAAGCAGGUCGCGUCGAUAAAGAAGCGUCCGUUUAAAUGCAUGAAAUGCAACCGCUCGCACGAACGUAGUAGGUGUCCGACGUUCGGGAAGACUUGUUUUGUAUGUGGUGGCACCAAUCAUUUUGCAGCGUGUUGCAAGAAAGGGUCUACAGUAGGCGAAGUGGCCAACGUGCAGGAUACUUUCGACAUCCUUGAUGUAAAAACAUACAGUGUGAGAAACUCGAAGGACUGGAUCGUAAACGCUAAAGUGGCCGGCCAGGAUGCCUUCUUGAAAGUAAACACAGGCUCCCAAGCUAACUUGCUGCCUUACUCGGUCUAUCAGAAGUGCAAAGGGAUGCAAAGUUUAAAGCCGAGCAGUUCCAUUCUGUGGUCGUAUAGCGCGGACGCCAUCAGACACUUCGGUGUCGCGUCGUUACCAGUCACCAUAAAAGAUCAGGCUGGGAGCUUCGACUUCUUCAUAGACAAAAAAGGCAACCAGGCAAUACUCGGAUGA